AUGAGUACAGACGAAGACAACGAGAGUCGCUCAGCAAUUCCUCUUUCUCGCCAGAAAAUCGAGGAUCUGGAGAGAGAUGUACGACAGUUUUGGGAGCGUCUCGAACUCCAGAAUACUGUCAGAAUAGAAACUCUCAUCAAAGGCGCGAAGAUAGCGAAAGAUCCGCCCAACGUUGCUCUAAUAGGGCUCAGUGGUCCUGAAAGACAAGCAAUAUUCAGUGAGAAAAGGCAGUUGCCCUGGCAAGCUAGAGGUCUCCUAGUCACUGUUAUGGUGACUGCUUGCGCUGCUAUCACCCAGGGUUGGCAGCAAUCUACAAUCAACGGGAGUGCUCUGUUUUCAUGGUGGGAAAGUGUGGGCCUUCAAAAGCCAAAAGAUGAGCUUCUGAUCGGCGUGAUCAACGCAGCUCCUUGGCUUUCAGCAAGUUUAGUUGGAACAUGGUUGAGUGAUCCGUUGCAAGAUCGAUACGGACGACGCCCCGCGUUGUUCGUUGCUGCUUUGUUUUGCGUAUUUUUGGUGAUAGGGACUGCCCAAUGCAACCACUGGAAAACGCUACUCGUCUGCCGCUGUCUCCUUGGUGUUGGGAUUGGUUCCAAGGCUUCGAUUGCACCAGUGUUCGCGGCUGAAGCAGCUCCCGAUGAACAUCGAGGGCGGGUCUUGAUGAUGUGGCAGCUCUUUGAUACAUUCGGUAUAUUUCUAGGCUUUCUCUGUGCUUUCCUAGUUCGAGGGGAUUGGAGGAUCCUCCUUGCGACCGCGAUAAUUCCGGCUAUCGUCUUGCUGUUCCUGGUCUUCAUAUGUCCCGAGUCUCCACGCUUUCUGAUACAAAAACAUAGAUAUGUUGAGGCUUACAAAAGCCUUCUCGAGCUUCGAGGGACCGAAAUACAGGCCGCUCGGGACCUUUACAACAUCCAUUCUCAGCUUCAGGUAGAAGCAACAAAGAUAUGGAAGAGUCCCAACGAAAGGCUGUGGUCAGAGCAGGAAAAUCGCUACAUUUAUCAGAGAUGGAUAAGCAAAAGAAAUUUCUUCAGUCGCAUGUGGUAUUUAUUCACGGAUCCGCGAUCUCGAAGGGCGUGCAUGGUGGCUUUAAUCGUGAUGUUAUCACAGCAACUAUGUGGAAUGAACGUCUUGGCAUUUUAUUCAUCUGAUCUUAUAAAAUCUAGUGGGAUGACUGAUUUCACCCCUCGAAUUGAGAGUUACAAUUUGGGCUUUGGUCUGGCCAAUUUUCUUUUCACUUUUCCCGCAUUCUUUUUUAUUGACUCGAGUGGUCGUCGACCCUUGCUCCUUGUAUCGUUCUCUGGCAUGCUAUGCAGCCUAGCCGCUGUUGCAGGGUUCUUCAAACUGACUGAUCCUGAGACCCGACUCAUCUUGGUGGCAAUCAUCAGCAUUGCAGUUUUUGUCUUCUUCUACUCGAUUGGUGCGGGUCCAAUCCCAUUUACUCUGAGUGCAGAAGUAUUCCCUCUGCAUGUACGCGAUGUGGGAAUGAGCUUCAGCGUUAUGAUAAAUUUUCUUUUUCUUGGCCUUUUGGUAUUUGCGGUUCCCUCCUUGACCACGAAAUUUGGACAUGGAAACGUAUGUGGAGAAGCCUCGGAAAACCUUUGCAAUGGACAGGCAAAUCUUUUGGGGUUUUUUACGUGA